AGAAACUGAACUCUACUCCCAUCACUCCAUCGUCACAUCACGCAGAGAAACUGAGCUCUACUCCCAUCACUCCAUCGUCACAUCACGCAGAGAAACUGAACUCUACUCCCAUCACUCCAUCGUCACAUUAUGCAGAGAAACUGAACUCUACUCCCAUCACUCCAUCGUCACAUUACGCAGAGAAACUGAACUCUACUCCCAUCACUCCAUCGUCACACGCAGAGAAACUGAACUCUAUUCCCAUCACUCCAUCGUCAUAUCAUGCAGAGAAACUGAACUCUAUUCCCAUCACUCCAUCGUCAUAUCAUGCAGAGAAAUUGAACCCUACUCUCUCCAUUCCGCCAUCAUAUCAUGCAGAGAAAUUGAACCCUACUCUCUCCACUCCGCCAUCAUAUCAUACGGUGAAACUGAACUCUACUCCCCCCACGUCACGUGCAAACGAGCUCCGUACUCAAGAAGUGGUCCCCAUUGUAUUUGAAUCUCCAUCUACCUCUUCGGUUUCUCCAUCAGCUUUAGAUGGUACUAUUCUAUUUAACCGGUACAAGCUCAAAGGGAAACCAGAAUUCGAUGUCAGCAAAUCCGUUCGGUACGCAGAGAACGUGAGUGUAAGCAAAGACGUGGCGAUAAAAUUUUUCUCAGACUAUGAUUCAUUCAAAAACGAGGUUACGAUGUUAAAGUCUCUUCGAUCGCCAUUUGUUGGUGAGUUGCAUGACAUAUACCACGUCUCCAAUGCUGUUGAUUGGAAAUAUGUUACGAUUAUGGACUACUAUCCUAUGAGCUUGGAUGUCUUUAUUCUUAAAAGAAGGGAUAAAAUUAACAGAUUAAACAUAAGAGUGAUAGUACAAUCAUUAGCUCAAGCUAUAGAAUACGUUCAUGACAAGGGAAUAGUGCACCUGGACAUUCAACCGGGAAACUUUGUACGCGAGGAUGGAAUUGAGAACAAGUGGAGAUUGAUCGAUUUUGAGUCAGCGAAAGUCGAUAGAGAAGAAAACGUUAGUAGCAGCACAUUAAGAUAUGCUCCGCCUGAACUAAUCAAAGCGAGCAAACAGCGUACUAAUAUUAAAGCAGAUACUUCGAUGGACAUGUGGUCAUUUGGGUGUACGAUAUAUGAAUUGUUUGCCGGAAAACCUCUGUUCAUAAAUGAUGAUGAGACUAGAACUGCAUUACUUGACACAGGUUGCAUGCAGCACUUUGAAUUUCCCUCUAAAAACGUAUCGGAUCCUCAAGCACGACACGUGCUCAAGAAAUUGUUAGCUAUUAAUCCUACAGAGAGAGCUUCAAUUGAGGAAAUUUUAAGAGGGGCGUAUUUGACUGGUGGUGCCGAUAGUGUUCAGAUACGCAAUAUACGGGCAGAAGUUAACGAGGAGAUCAUAAACAAGAAUACGAACAUUGUUGUUUCCUGCGUGCAAGAGGCUACUAAUAAGAUUGUGAAUAGUAUAUCUGAUGUUACAGAUGCGAAAGUGCCCCGACUAUUCAUAUUAUUACCAGGGGAGGUGUCUGGCAAAAUUUUUAAACCAAACACUUGGGGAAGGAAAAAAUUUGUAAUCCGCAUUCUUUGUGAAGGUCUUGCCGCUAACAACAAGGAAGCCCACUUCACUGACCAUCCUGGUUACGAGUUAUAUCAUCCGGAACAGUUUCUUGCCAAGGCUGGGCCAUACCUUAAUAUCUUGGCCAAGCUCAUGAAAGUUGCUAGUUUCUUUCCAGCGCUGCAAUUCCUGCAUGGUAUAGGUGGCGACUUCAGAUUACUGCUUAACUCUAAGGAAUUCUUCAAAAGCGUAAGCGAAAUUGUUAACGAAUUCAAAACGGAUGAGUCUUUUGCAAAUGAUCUGGCUGGCCUAGAAGAUCCACUCGAUCGCAUGAGAUGUGCGCAGGGUCCUGCACUGCGUGAAUUUAAAGCGUUCUUGGAUAAGAAUGAUCGUUCGCGCGAAUAUGGUGGAUUGAGUAGUAUUACCAUGAACGAUGGACACCGGAGAUGGGUUUGUAAGAGUUGCAAGGAAAAGUUCUUAUUACGAGGAAAUCAUGAACAUUGA